AUGAAGAGACGACCUCCACCACAUACAUCGUCCCCCAACACGAGAAGGAUGUCCCCAAACAACAAAGCUUCACCGUCCAUAAAAACAGCACUAUCAUCACCAUUGGCUGAUCGACGUACCAGAACAAGGUCCAAUUCAAGAAGUACAGGAUCAAGAUCAGGCAUUGACUUCGUCCCUGACCAGAUCAUUGAUUCACCGUCCUUACAACUACCUCAACAAAUUGAAGACCAAGACCAAGACCAAGACCAAGAACAAGAACAAGACCACGGUAAUUCUACGGCUGCCAAUACCGAUCAAUUACAGCGGAACGAACCGUUAGAAAACUCAAUGCGAAAUAAGUAUACACAUAUCGUCAUUUUGAAACCACUUAAUAAUACCUUUGAGACUAAAUUCUUAGUGAUCCCUUUUAAACCCGAUGUCCUGAAGUUGGGACGUCCAGUAGCCAAUAAUAACAAUAUCACCAACAGUAAUGGGAUAAUACGGAGUGUACAAUCUCCAGCAUCAUUAGUGAGAACAGACAAUGGUAAUUUUGAUUCGAGGGUACUCUCAAGGAACCAUGCAUCAUUGACUUGUGAUCCAGAAUCAGGCAAGAUAUUACUUCGUGAUUUGAAUUCAAGUAAUGGAACGUUUUUAAAUAAUGUGAAGAUAUCUUCUGAUAAAGAGGUUGAAUUGAACAUUGGGGAUGUGAUUGAUUUGGGGACUGAUAUUGAUAACAAAUUUGAACAUAGGAAAAUUAGUGCUUUUGUGGAGGAUAUUUCCGUUAUACCGUUGAUUAAUGGGAACCCUAAUCAUAUUGUUACCAGAAAUGAUGAUUUGCAUGUACAAAAAAUGCAAUCUCCAACCACAGCAAAACAGAGACAAAAUAAUAGUUACGGUAAUAAUCCGAGGAUGAAUAUGGCUAUGAAUGCACAAAGAGCUGCGUUUGAAGCUGCUAUGUUUGGUGAUGUUAAUAACUCUGAUUUAGAUGAAAGUAUACUUGGUGAAGAAACUGAAAUUUUAAGUGGUAUCUUUAUAAAUAAUUCAGUAGGGACGAGUCCUAAUUUAAUUAAUAUUAUCAAGACUUUAAAUACUGAAAUAUCAUUAGAAAAGAAGGAAAAUGAUAAAUUAAAUGCAAUGCAAACCUUUCUUGAAUACUAUGUUGGGGAUUUGGAUAAUAUUCAAAAGGGAAUUAUAACAUCACACGAUAAGCAAUUGAAUAAAUUUACUGCAUCUUUGAAGAAAUCUUUGGCAGAAAAACAUGGAAUUUUGAUUCAAGAUUGCAAAGAUCAAAUGGAUAAGGUUAGUACAGAAAGAGAUACUGUUUAUGAUUUAAUCAAGGUACAGAGAAUGGAGAAUGAUAAAUAUCUUCAGAAGAUGGAACAAGAAUUACUUAGUGCAAGAAAUUUGCUACAACGUGAAAAAGAUAAAAAUUUACUGUUAAUGAACAAGAAACGAUCUUCUUCAUCGAAAAACACCCUGACUCCCAUAGAAGAUUCAACUCACACUGCUAGUGAAGAUGAUACUUUGAAUUUAAACAAGACUGAGAACGAUUUUGAUACCAUAAAGAACACUUCCACUACUGCAAACGAUGGGACGAUCAUGUCAAACUGGAAAGUGAAUGUGUCAAUUGGAGCUGUAGCUAUAGGGUUAGUUGCAAUUGGGGCCAAAUUGUAUCCGAAGUGA